UCUCUCUCUCUCUCUCUCUCUCUCUCUGUGUCUUCUUCUUCUUGUGCGUUUCAUCUCUCUGCCUCCGUCUGUUCCGUCAGUACACGUUUUCUUACCACCCACCGGGGUUAACCUGAAACAAAAGACCUGCUUGCUUCUCUGAUCGAAGAAACCCUCUCUUCUCACGCAAUGGCGGCGUAUAGAGCUGACGAUGAUUACGAUUUCCUCUACAAGGUGGUACUAAUCGGUGAUUCCGGCGUCGGCAAAUCAAACCUUCUCUCUCGAUUCACCCGCAACGAGUUCAGCCUCGAGUCUAAAUCCACCAUCGGUGUCGAAUUCGCCACCCGAAGCAUUCACGUCGACGAAAAAAUCGUCAAGGCUCAGAUUUGGGACACCGCCGGUCAGGAGAGAUACCGAGCAAUCACAAGCGCAUACUAUAGAGGAGCUGUUGGAGCUUUGCUUGUCUAUGAUGUUACGCGACAUGUUACAUUUGAGAACGUUGAGAGAUGGUUGAAGGAGCUUAGAGACCACACAGAGGCCAACAUUGUGAUUAUGCUUGUUGGUAACAAGGCUGAUCUGCGUCACCUAAGAGCUGUUUCUACCGCAGAUGCUAAAGCCUUUGCAGAGAGAGAGAACACAUUCUUUAUGGAGACAUCUGCACUCGAAGCAUUGAACGUGGAGAAUGCUUUCACUGAAGUGCUGUCUCAAAUAUACCGUGUGGCAAGCAAGAAAGCGUUGGAUAUUGGAGAUGAUCCGGCUACGAUUCCUAAAGGUCGGAGUAUUAAUGUUGGGUCUAAGGACGAUGUUUCUGAUGUCAAGAAGGUCGGAUGCUGCUCAAGUUGAUCUCUCUCGAUCCACAGCCAUUUUGUUUCUUAGGAGAAACUAUACAGUUUAAAUUAUCUAUGGAUGAUAUAUAUGCAGAUGAUAAUACACUCCUUUGUGUUUUCCUUUUGGUUGCUUCUUUUGGUGUAAGUUUUUCAGAUCCUUAUAAUGUUUUAAAUUAUUUCUACAAAA